AUGAUGUCUAUCAAUAUUUGCCUGUUGAUGGUGGCAAUCGCUUGCGUUAUUGCAAGUGUCGCCGCAAAUAGCCCGCAUGAAAGAGAGGUGGAGCUUGAAUUGGCUGAACGAAUCCUGGAUAUAUUGGAAGAUGAGAAGCGAAUGGGCUUCGACGCAGCCAACUUAGUAGCAACAGGAAAACGCUCAGGAGAAAUGGUUUUGGAAAAGGACUACGCAUUAAAACAACAAUAUUACUACCAAGGAAUCGACAAGAUCGCAGGCUCGGAUGCUACAGCCGCUAUAGCAUACACGGACUAUACUCCAACUCAUGCCGAGGAAAUAGACAACCAUACGACCGUUGCGCUCGUUGCAUUGGAAUAUAUACUAGACCAGCUUGGAGUCCCCCUCGACGAUUUGCUAAAGAAGAACCGUUAUAGUGCAAUUCUGAGUGAAUGGAGAGCACAAUUUGAAGAAUAUGAAUCUAAAACUACAUGUACCACAGCGGAACAAGAUGCUGAAUACCGAUCAAUUGAUGGAUCGUGCAACAACCUCAACCAUUUUGAUUGGGGAAAGGCUUUAACUGCACGAGUCCGAAUGAUACCGGAGGCUUUUAGUGACCGACACGGUUUGUACGCACCUCGGAAGGCAGCAAAUGGUGAUGAUCUGCCAUCGGCCAGAUAUGUGAGUAACGUGAUGGCUAGGUACUUGCCAGACUUAGCAAAUACUCCGCUGGACAACGUCAGGACAGUUGCACUUACCGGAUGGGGUCAAUUCAUAGAUCAUGACUUAACUGAAACACCAUUAUCAGCUGGUUAUGCAGGCGCUGCAAUCGAAUGUUGCACAUUGCCGGAAAAUGAACGAAGACAAAGACCUCAGUGUGUUGAUAUUGAAAUUCCUGCUAAUGACACGGCAUUUUUACCGAAUCGAACAUGCAUGGAAUGUGUCCGGUCAGCUGGAAUCUUAGAAGAUUUCGGAGAGCCAGGUCGAAGAGCACAGAUAAAUGAACUCUCGGCAUUUCUAGACGCUUCCAACGUUUAUGGAAGCGAAACAGAGCGUGCUGAAGAAAUAUGGGAUCACCAAACAGGCAGACUGAUUGAGAAAUUGCCAGGAUACCCUCCUGAGGAUGCAGAGGAAGGUGCAUGUGUGAAAAACUUUGAUCUAAUUCCGUAUUACUGCCCUAAGGCCGGUGAUAGAAGAGCAAGCGACAUCGCACAUUUGACUGUUUUCCACAUUCUGUUUUUGAGAGUGCACAAUGAUCUCGUUACGAGGUUGUCGAUCAUGAAUUGUGGUUGGUCCCCGGAAAAGUUGUACCAAGAAGCAAGGAAGAUUGUUGGUGCAAUCCUACAACACGUCACUUACAACGAGUGGCUCCCUCUCCUCAUCGGAGAAGAUCAAAUGGACAAACACUUCAAAGACAACUAUAAAUACGAUGAAACUAUACAGGCAUCUAUUUUGGACGCUUUCGCCUCUGCAGCCCUUCGCAUGGGACAUAGCUUGGUAACGGCACACAUGGGCCGUAUGAACGAGAAGUUUGAGAUUAUAGACAUUCUACUAAACAGGGAAGCAUUUCUGGAUCCCUACUUAUCUUUUCUUAGUAUCGAAGAGGUGAUGCGAUGGGUGGUAUCUGCACCAGGACAGGAAAGCGAUAGAUUUGUCAACCAAGAUUUUCUGGACUUCCUUUUUGCCAAUAUGGGUAUUCCACUAGAUCUGGUAUCGAUAAAUAUUCAGAGAGGUCGAGAACAUGGCUUAGGGGGAUAUGCGGCUUAUCAUGAGGAAUGUGGCUUGGGGAAAAUUAGAGAUUGGGGAGACCUAACCGAUCACCUAGCUCCCACAGUGGAUGCACUAAAACUGGCAUAUCCUGACGGAUCGGUGGAAGACAUUGACCUAUUUAUUGGCGCAUUAUCGGAGAAGCAUACAGAAGACGCCCAUUUAGGAAGAACAUUCGCUUGCAUCUUCGAAAGGCAAUUCACGAGGCUAAGAGAUGGCGAUCGUUUCUGGUUCGAAAACGCUGACUUUCCGAACAGAUCAGGAAGGAAAAGAGGAAUGUUUACAUCGGAUCAAGUUGAAUCGAUCAAGAAAGUCAAGCUCUCGGGACUGGUCUGUCGACACUACAACCUUGAAACUAUACAAGAGAAUGCAUUUAAGGUUCCUGACCCAAAUGACCGAAUGCCGUGUAAAGAUUUGCCCGGCAUUGAUUUGACUCCGUGGGAAGAAUAG